CGGCACAUAAGAAAUCACUCCAAUUUUCCAAUGGCAUAGGAAUUUACUCCUGAUUCAUGGUCCCCCUCGCCUCCGGAGGCCUCGCCGGCGUCGUCGGAGGAGACGGAUCGAUCGAAUCGGCGGUGGGAUAUGUUUUCCUUUCUUGCUUUCUAGUUGCUAGUAGCUAGGGAUAGGUUUGUGUGGCGCCGGGGCGAUGUGGGCCGCGUCUUUUGCUGCUCUGGGUUGCUGGUGGAGUUGGAGGGCUAGGCGAAGCUGCCGGCGGCGUCGGCAAAUCCGGUGAGCUCUUCUUCGACGGCGGCCCAUGGAGAAUAAAGUGGCCUCGGGCGGUGUCGUGUAGCCAAUCGAGGUCUCCCUUCCUCCCAGUUCCAGCUCUGAGCGAGCGACAACGUCGAGGGGAUGACGACAACUUCGGGCUGAGCUUCAUCAGCAGGAGCUUCUUCGACAUCUCCGGCGGGUUCCCCGUCUUCGCUGUGGCUGGCAGAGGGAGGUUCGUUUUCCAUCUUUGCGAAAGGGUGGAAAUCUUUGGGUGCUCUUGGAGGCGCGCUCUUUGUCUGCGCUGUGGGUCUAGCUUGCAGCGGUGGACUCGACGUCCGGUCGCCGAUGAGGCCGGCGGCGGCGGACUCUGUGUCUUCUUCUUUUCUUCCUGUAGCGGUCGCCGUUCUCGUUCAGCAUCAAAGAUGUGUGCUGGUAGAGCCAGGCACUGGCUUCUGCUGCAGUUUCAAGGCUUUGAAGCCGCUCUUGGAGGAAGAAGAUGGACUAUGCCUGGUUCCGGUGAGCAGCGCCGGAGGCCGGGGUUUCAUCAGAGGAGCAGUGCCGGCGGCUCAGGACCUGGGGACCUUUGCUUCAAAUUUGAUUUUCUCUAGGGUCCUUUGUGUUAGUUUUGGCCCCUGCGAAAUGUGCUUUGCGGUGUGCGUUGUCUUUUCUUCUUUCUUCAGGGGUCUCCUUGUAAAAGGCACUGGAUAAUCAAGUUCCCAGAGCUUCACGAAGCGAGGAAAGCUUCACCAAACAAAUGAACGCUGUCACCAGCAGUUGAACGCCCUUUUUCCUUCCUCCACUUCCCACCCCAAAUCCGAAACCACCCCGGAAUGACGAGCGCCGACCCGACCGUCGUCUUGGUUCCAGUCUGGGGCAUCGGCCACUUCUUGCCCAUGAUCGAGGCCGGCAAGCGGCUGCUCGCGCGCAGCAGCCGCCCUCUCACGCUCACCGUGCUCAUCAUGCCGGCGCCGACCGAGAAGCGCGGGUCCGAGAUCGCCCAGCACAUCCGCGAGGUGGAGACGGAGUCCGCCGGCCUCGGCCUCGCCAUCCGCUUCCACCACCUCCCGGCAGCCGAGCGCCCGGCUGUGGCGACUUACACGGGCCCCGAGGAGUUCAUCUCCCUCAACGUGCAGCCGUACGUGCCCCACGUGAGGGCGGCCGUGUCCGGCCUGGCGUGCCCGGUGGCCGCGGUCGUGGUGGACAUCUUCUGCACGCCGCUUCUCGACGCGGCGCACGGCCUCGGGGUGCCGGCCUACGUGUACCUCAUCUGCAGCGCGGCCAUGUGCGCGCUCCUGCUGCGCUCCCCGGCACUCGACGACGAGGCCGCCGGCGCCGGCGAGUUCGAGGACAUGGACGGCGGCGCGGUGCACCUGCCGGGCCUCCCGCCGGUGCCCGCGUCCUGCCUCCCGUCGGGACUGGUGGACAGGAAGGUCCCGACGUACAGGUGGUUCCUGUACAACGGCAGGCGCUACACGGAGGCCGCCGGCAUCAUCGUCAACACCGUCGCCGAGCUGGAGCCACACGUGCUCGCGGCCAUCGCCGACGGCCGGUGCACGCGCGGGAGCCGCGCUCCGACGGUGUACGCCGUCGGGCCGGUCCUCGCCGCGACGAUUACUGCUACUACUCCGCCGGAGCAGCAGCAGGAACAGCCGGAGCACGAGUGCGUGCGGUGGCUCCACUCGCAGCCGCCGGCGUCCGUGCUGUUCCUCUGCUUCGGAAGCGCGCGGUUCUUCACCGCGCAGCAGGCGCACGAGGCCGCGCACGCCCUGGACCACAGCGGCCACCGCUUCCUGUGGGUCCUGCGCGGGCCGCCGGAGCACGGCACGAAGCUGUCCUCGGACGGGGACCUCGCCGAGCUACUCCCGCCGGGCUUCUCGGAGAGGACGAAGGGCAGGGGCCUCGUGUGGCCCAGGUGGGCGCCGCAGAAGGAGAUCCUGGCGCACGCCGCCGUCGGAGGCUUCGUCACGCACUGCGGCUGGAACUCGGUGCUCGAGAGCCUGUGGUUCGGCGUGCCCAUGCUGCCGUGGCCGUGGGCCGCCGAGCAGCACUACAACGCCUUCACGCUGGUGGCCGCCAUGGGGGUCGCCGUCGCGAUGGAGGUGCGUAGGAAGGAGGACAAUUUCGUGGAGGCCGUGGAGCUGGAGCGGGCAGUCCGAGCUCUCAUGGGAGGCGCCGAGGGGAGGACGGCGAGGGAGAAGGCGACGGAGAUGAAGGCGGCUUGCCGGAUGGCCGUCGAGGAGGGCGGCUCAUCGUAUCAGUCCUUGCAGAAACUCUGUGAUGCACUCCAUCAAGGUGCAGUGCUCCCAAGAAUGUUUCCUCAGGAUACAUGAAAAUAGCGGGAAUAAUGUGAUUGAUGAGAGUGUUCCUGUUUCAGUUUUAUGUGCGUGUGUGUAUUUUCCCAACCUACUACUCUCAAUCAAGGCUACCGACCUUCACUUCGUUGAUGUUGUGAGAAUAUUUCGUCAAAAAUAAUUAUCUACUUGUGCUGAUGUAAUUUGAGAAGAAUUUUAUUACAGUCUUUUCUAUGUA